CAGGCUGUCGGCUCCGGCCCGGGAGAGCUGGGAGCUCGCCCAUGCAUACUGAAUGGAGAGGAUGUGCGCCCGGAAGGCGUCGGCCUUCUGUUCAGGUGUGCAGGUGCCGGAUGAAAUGUCAAAGGACCUCCGCUGCCACUCGUCCAGGUGUGGGCCACUCAUGCCCGGGCUGCUCCAGCCUGCUCGGGGAGAAAGGACCGCGUUCAUUAAAAAUACAUGACCCCAGGAACAGCAGGACUGAAGAGUUAGCCAGUGACCACCGUCCCAAACGACAUUUCAAUUCAUAAAACCAAUAGUUGGCAUUUGAGAGGCUGGACAUUUUUGAUGUGCUCCGGGAUCCCCGUUGUUAUAAACUGGGCAUAAUUGGAUUUAGUUAUGACGCUUAUAGCUUAGCAUUGAGCUUUAUAUCGCUACAUAAGAAUGCAUCAUGGGAUGGGAUGUUCUGUUUGCAAUACUCUGCCAUAUUGAGAGGACUAAUGAGAGAUGUAGCAUUGUAGAAUCCUAAGUCAACCGUAAAUAUAACAUGGUUAACUUUGCCAACCGUGUGGCAGUUUGAGCAGUGUCACAAUGUCCUCCUGUAACGACUAAUCGUUUCACAAAUAACUACUCAACAAAAAAACAAAAACAUUAUGAACUCAAACAGGUAAAUUCAAUGAUCCUAUGCUUCCGAAAUUAAGGCGGUAAUUGCGAUGUGACGUCACGAUGUACAGUAGUACUUCAAUACUGACAAUAGAAAAAAAUCUAAAUAUUAUCGAUUCUACACCAUGUCAGACAACAACUUGACAACAGAGCCAAGAAACAAAUCUAAAUGUGCAGGAAUCUAUGAAGGUCACUUACUAGUAUUUGCGAUAGGCUCCUGUUAAAAUAUACAUGACCAACACAACUAGUCCACAACAACCAACCUUCCCGCCAGCUGCUUAUCCACGAAGCGUAAACGAGGGCUGCGUUCCAAUAAGUUGGUUACUUUACCGCCAUAGGGCUUUAUACCUUCGAGUUCAAGUACUACGGACCGCACUAUUACGUACACUUGAUUGAGGGAAUAAGCUUUAUUAAAUGUUUUCACAUCAGAGUAAAAUGGCAAUUAAGAUGCAAACACAAGACGAGGGAAAACUGAAGGGAAGGUAAAAGAAUUGGAACGGUGUCAACAAGACCAUGCUGGUGCGCUCGGUUUCAUAGUCCGGGUGGACCUCGUGUGUGGUUUUAAUUGUUGUUUUUAUUUAAAGGUUGACAUUUUGGUGUUAAAAAAAAACACUAAAGAUUUGCGCAAUUUUUAUGACUUACAAGGGACUUUGAAAACAUGAUAGUAUUUCCUUAAACAUUAUUUAACAAUUAUUUUUGCUUCGUUCACAGCAAACCUUAGAUUUAAAAAGUCCACAAUGCCAUCUAGUGGCAAUUUUGCAGACCUACCGUAACUAUGUUAACCGAAUUGCAUACUGGGAUAUUAAGUACAUUGUAUGAUGCCAAAAUACAUAUAAGUAAUUAUUAAGAAAUAUUACACGUGCAAAUAUGAACAUUUCGAGGAUUUCUUGUAUCGAUAAACUCAGGUCAUGAGUUCAGCGCAAAAAUCCAAUAAUGAAUCGAUCAAUAGCCUAUACACUGCAGGGUAGACUACACUACCCAGAACCAGGCACGGUUUGCGGUAGUCUGCCUGCAUGGGUGACAGACGACACUGGGUUCAACAAGAGAAUAGGGAAUAAUAGACAUACUGCGCGUAGACCAUUUGGAUUGCGUGACUGCGAUCUCGGUCCCUAGUUUUCCAGCCAACCAUUUGUUCAUUUUCAUUUACUGUAUACUGUUUUGGAUUUCAAGAAGCUUGUGCUAAAGUUUGCGGGCUAACAAUGAUAUUGGUCAGUUAGCAAACCGGGGAGAUAAUCUGAGGUCCAGACGGGAGAGGCUUCGUGAACUGGGGGCGAUAGCAGUCACGCCCUAAUCCAGGGAUACCCAUCCAACCCAAACUAUGUCCUUCAACCAACACAAAGUGUCAUACAUGGAUCAUUUGUAGGUUUAUCGACUGUAGCAUAACGCCUGAAAGGAGUUCUGGAGGAGGUAGGUCUGGACUGGAUAUGACGGACUUAUUAUCAUGCUACAAACAAUUGCGUCUGCGGAGAUAACCCUCGCCAGUCCGCCUGCUGUAGAGCCAACCAGCCGGCUUUACACAACAGUGUGUUAUUAUUAUUCCUAGAUCAUCAUCACAGCCUCUCGACCUCUACCACCAUGAAUUCCCCUGUAUAUACAUUUGUGACCCGGGACGACAACAGUACAGUUUAUGCAGAAGUUGCGAAAAUACUUGUUUCGACUGGACACUGGAAGAGGUUGAAACGAGACAAUCCCAGAUUUAACCUGAUCCUUGGGGAACGGAACAGGUUACCAUUUGGACGCCUAGGUCACGAACCCGGACUGGUGCAACUGGUCAACUAUUAUAGAGGUGCUGAUAAACUCUGCAGAAAAGCAUCACUUGUGAAACUGAUAAAGACCAGCCCAGAGCUGUCGGACGCCUCAACCUGGUUGCCUGAGUCCUACAUCAUCUAUCCCACCAACCUCAACACCCCUGUGGCCCCGGCUAAGAACGGCAUCAGCCACCUGAAGAGCAACCCCAAGACGGAUGAGCGCGAGGUGUUCCUGGCCUCCUACCACGCCAGGAAAGAGAGCGGAGAAGGGACGGUGUGGAUCGCCAAGUCAUCCGCCGGAGCCAAAGGUGCUGGUAUUUUGAUAUCCAGUGAUGCGAAUCAGUUACUGGAGUACAUUGAUAAUCAGGGGCAGGUCCACAUCAUUCAGAAGUACCUGGAGAAACCCCUGCUGCUCGAGCCUGGCCAUCGCAAGUUUGACAUCAGGAGCUGGGUGCUCGUGGACAGCCAGUACAACAUCUACCUGUACCGGGAGGGCGUGCUACGCACCUCCUCGGACCCGUACAACAGCGCCGACCUGGACGACAUGACCAGCCACCUGACCAACCACUGCAUCCAGAAGGAGCACUCGCAGAACUACGGCCGCUACGAGGAGGGCAACGAGCUGUUCUUCGACGAGUUCCGCCAGUACCUGCUGAGCGCCCACCACGUCACCCUGGAGACCGCCAUCUUACCUCAGAUCAAGCAGAUCAUCAAGAGCUGCCUGUCGUGCGUGGAGCCUUCCAUCACCACCAAGCACCUGUCCUACCAGAGCUUCCAGCUGUUUGGCUUCGACUUCAUGGUGGACACCAGCUUCAGGGUGUGGCUGAUAGAGAUCAACGGGGCACCGGCCUGCGCACAGAAGCUGUACCCGGAGCUCUGCCAAGGCAUCGUAGACGUGGCGAUCUCCAGCGUUUUCAACCUCAACAGCGGCAGCGACUCCGCCUCCUCUUCUGGCUCCUCCUCUGGCUCCUCCUCCUCUGGCUCCUCCUCCUCUGGCUCCUCCUCUUCCUCCACCCCAUACUCCUCCUCACCGUCCUUCUCCACCAUCACCCCUGGCUCAUGCUCCUCCCCCAAGCUGAGAGGGCCCCUUCACGUGGGACCCUUCACCAGACUGUAGGCAUAACCCCCCCCCCCCCCAGCUCGGUGACUCCCCCACGCUUCGUCUCAUGCUGUCCUAGGGCUGCUCGAUUAUGGAUAAAAAUCAUAGUCACGAUUAUUUUGGUCAAUAUUGAAAUCACGAUUAUUCAAACGAUAAUUUGUUUGAGUUUGAAAAAAUGAUGUAUUUAUUCAGCAUGUCCCUCUCAAAAACACUUUGUAGCUGAGAACUUUGAAAUUUCGCCUUAAAAAAAUACACAUAAUGGUCCAAAAGAAAAUGUUAAAAUCUAAAAUAAUGUACAGAUAUGUAUCGAGCUGUUCUGCACUUUCUUUCGAAAACUCGAUUAUGUUAAUUUUCUGAUCGUUUGACGCUAAAAUCAAAAUCAAGAUCGGGUUAGGGUUAGGGUUAGUUUUGAUUAAUCAUUUGAUUAAUCGCCCAGCCCUAUGCUGCCCCACACAGAAGGCUGUGGGUGUGCCAAGCCACACGCACCCUCAAUACACACCUAGCCCUCACAGGGUGGGGUGUGUAUUGGGGACGGUUUUGCAGUAUGCAGACAGGGGUUUCAGCCCCUGCCUGCAUAAUGUGUUACAUGAUCAUGAAUGUGUUCUCCACUCCCAGGACGUGGGGCCGGGGGGAAGUGAAUAAAAGACUUGGAUGUAAAUAUUGAAAGUGAAGAUGGAGGAGGAGGAGAAGUGA